AAGUGUCAAAACAUUUUUGAAUCAAAAUAUUUACAUUUGUUUUAAUAUAUUUCUACUAAUAUAUUAAUUAAUUUUAUCAUUUCUAAUGUUUAAGAUAUUUUCAUACGAUGGAUGUUUGUAGUCCCCUCUUCAAAAUACUCAAAGAAAUCCGUCAGCUCGGUUGCGAAAAUGAGGCACAAUGUUCUGCGGCCUACCGGCUUUACAUUCAUCUCUGCGAAGAACGCCACCUCUGGGACGUCCAGUACUAUUACUCGAAGCAGCUCAAUCUAAUCUACCUCACAGCACGUAAGCAGCAAGACUCUUCCCCGGAGGUGUACAUCCCUGUGCCAACAUUCGAGGGUGUCUCCAUGACGGACAUCGAUCGCUACCAAACGGAACUGACAACAUCCGGCGGUUCAGACGGUUCGGCCACCUCCGUCAUCAUUGCAUUCUGCGACCCAAGCUCGUCGGUACUGCUGUACAAAUUGACCAACACCGUGAAACCACUGGAGGAGAAACCCCUGUCGAAGAACAAGAUGGCCAAGCAGAGAGCCAAGGCGAAUAAAACAGGUGACUCUUAGAACUGCUAGGGCUUUCGGAUGUUCGUUCUAGCUGAUGUAUCACCACACCUUCGUGAUUUUUUGAUCAUUCUUCUUUUAAUUACAGAAUAAGCAGUAUUAAUAUAUUUUUGUAUCUGUUUUCUUUUCGUUUUUUGCCAACGAUUCCUUUUCUUGUAUAGUUAUUGAUUCUUAGCGAUUCUUCCUUCUUGUUUUUAAAUGUCUCCACGCCUCUAUUUAUGUUAUUUUCUGGUUUUCUCUGUUUUUUUUUCGAUAGUUAUUAUGUUUAUGUUUUUUCAUCUUUUUUUGACUAGAAUUUAUCAUUUUUAAACCUCUUUUUUUCUACACCCAUUGUUUGCUGCAUUUCGUCGCCGUCUUGCUGCGCCAUUACUUUCAACGAAAAACUUUAAACUGGUAAUUUAAUGUUAAUGUAUGUUUAGCUGUAUGUUUUAAAAAACAGAUGUAGUAUAAGACUAAUCUUGUCUAUUUCUCUGGUGUAUUCUGUAGUCUCUAUGAUGGUUCUUGUAAUUUACACAAUGCACAGGCAGAUGAACAAAUUGGCUACGUCGUGUGAAUUUUACAGUUUGUGUGUUCAAUUUUUUGCAUUAAAAUAGAACUGAAUGAUAUGAUGAUUGAAGCGUUGCAACGCAAUUGAAAUACAUAGCACCACGAGGGAUGUAAGCGAACGCAAAAACUGCUGAUGAUGAUAACAUUGUGCCAUUACUGAUGGGUUUCUAUUAAGGUUAUCAAAGAUAUAAACUAAAUCACAUGGUUUUUUUUACACACAAGCAUAAAAGUAAACGCUAACAUAGGAAGAUACAAUAUUUUUUUAACAAAGUCUUUCAGCUUUGAGGCUUCAACUUAAAACAAUAACUUAAAACUAGCAACAUGAUUUUGAUUUACACACGAUUAGUCGGUCAGACGUUUGAGAAACCAACCGAAACUAGCGUGGGGUUUUUGUUCAGUGCAAAACAAGCUCUCUGUAACCAACAAAUAGAAAUUGCACAUUUGCCCCUUGGCGAUCCAUUGACUGAUCCGACGGCGAAUGGGUCUCUCGGAUAUUCUACACGAUACCGCGGCGCGGCGGUGGUUUCUACACUACACAAGCACGUGCACGAUUAAGAUGGUGCAAAAGUAACUGAAUCCUGGUCGUUCACCGACCGUUCGCGCGUCUCGUCUAUUGUUCCGUUCGUUCUAUCUAGAAGUAGGCUGUAUGUGAAAAUGACAAUAAAAACUGACGACUGAUGAGACGAUACGAUGCGAUGUUUCUUUACACGGAUACAUCGACGGAAAGAGAAAAAGACAGCGGACAGCGAAAAUGUGGUGUUUUCACGAUUGGUACACAACAACGUCGUUAAACCUAUAAGAGAAUAGUUGGCCUAGCGCUAACACGUACCUAUGUCUUUUCCUAUUGAUUCACUCCACUCAGGUUCGCUGCCUUCUCUUCUAGAACUACUCGCUAAAACCUCCUUCAAUGCCUGACUGGGGCCGUCCAACUACGGGAUGGAGCUCUCGGGUCUAACUUAUUCAAAUACGACGAAGGAACGAGGGUUUUUUUUCGUAAAUCCGAUUUACUAUUUAAGCGACACAAGGAGAUCAUCAGUAUCGAAGAAAGUCUGAAAUCGUGUGAAAAUUUUACUAUUGCUUUGAAGGUGUUUUCAAUUUGGGACUGUUGCGGUGCGAUGCGAUGUGGGGCGAGCAGAGAUGCUCGUUUGGACGUGGCCGGUGCAGGGUGGGCACGUGGCGCACUCGCUACUGGAGGAAAACGCGCACUUUUUUUUUGGGUGUUUUGCGCGUCUAAGCCAGUAGGAUUUUCGAGAUGGCGUUGUGCGCGAAUGGAUUUUGUUUUACCGUUAAUCGUCGAAUUCGCGCUUAGUUCUAUGGCUACGCUUCGGGGUCGUAGCCAUCAAAGCCGUUUAUGGGGGCGGGUAUCUCUUGUACUGGAGCACGUGUCCACCCAUGGGAAACCAUGUCGAGAAGGGAGUAAUAUAACUUAGAUGAAGCAGUUUCGCGAAUUUUGCAAUGACUUUUUUUUUUUUGACGUAGGACUACGGCUCUCUGUUUUACUAAAAAAGGUGGCGCUCUGAAAUCACGGUUGCUCAAUUGAACCUAAAAAAACAAAACAAAAUAACAGAAACGAACUCACCAAAUGAGAUGAAUUCUGCAUUUCUUUCUCUGCAUAGCCAUUCUCUGAAUUUGCCUACAAAGAUGUUAAAUGAAGUAGGUUUUGCAGCGAAAUGUAAGAAGAUCACCACCCUUGCAUUAUUUUUCCGUGUAUUUAACAGUUACGCU